AAACAUUGACCGGAAGUUCCGCUCGUGACUCUCGCUAGCAACAUAGCUUGGCUUGUGUUAGCUUUAAGCUAGUGAGUGUUGAUAAAGUGAGUAGAACGUAGGAGAAGAUUGUUGCUGCUUCUUUGGGAAAUUUGUCUCAGUUGUAACAUCAAGAACACGCGUGAAAAGGUGGAUUUUGUCGCCGGUUACCUGGAUACGCUUGUCAUCUCGCACAAAACAGCCGGUCAUCUUAAACUUGUGGGAAAAGCAACAACAAACAGAGUUCAAACUGAAUGGCUGAGGGCUCCUCAGAACCACCCGACCUCAAUCCGGAUGAGGCGUCGCAUCAAAGACCUUAUCAGCAUCACAAGUCUGGAAGAGGCCGGCCCAGAUACAACAAUGACAGAAACCUGAAUAGCUAUGAUCCUUCUCAACAAUAUGGACACUUUCAUCAGGGCUUUAAAUCCCAAUUUUACCAUGAUAUUUCAAAUGAUGUAUUGCACCAUCAUCCUUUCUACCAAGGAGAGGAUGGAGCCAGAAGGCGAGGCACAGGCAGAGGUAGAGGAAGGAGAGAGGGAAAUAGGGGUGUAAAUGAAAAUUUUGGGGGCUCCAGUUGGCAAAGACCUGGAGGUGACGUUGGCCUGUUUAGUGGUAACAACAGGGGUGUUGGGGGGUUUCACUCUGGGACACAUCCUAUGUACGAUGGACCAGAUAGACCCAGUUGGCGAAGAGAAGAUACAAGUAGAAAUUUGGAACAAUCCAAUGAAGACAUGGAUGCCCGGGUUAAAAAAAACAGGAAGUUUAGCCAGGAGCAGAGGAGAGGACAACGAAAUGAAAGGGGUACUCGCCUAAAGGAGAACAACACUGUAGUUGAGGGUCAGAGGUCAAAUGAAACCAAAGGAGAAAGCCCCCCUUCAGACAUCAGGGAAAGAAGUCAGAGGACCAAGGCAGAUCCAGACUCUCAGCAUGAUGAUCAUCAUCAGAGGAAACCCACUGAAGCAAAGCGACGGCAAGGACCAAUCAAACCGCCCAAACCAUCAUAUGAAGAGGAAACAGGCUCAGAGAGGGGGGCCAGUGUCCAAGAUGACUCUGGGCGUGGCAGAUCGUUUCAGGAAAGUAAAGCUGGACAAGGCUCAGGACGACAUGCCCCCUUUCAGGCCAGAGGGGGGAGAAGAACACAUCAGCAAAACCACAGGCCAGGCCAGAGGAACACGGACAAGAUGCCAGAGAGCAAGGAGACGCAGACCGGGUGUCUGAUUGAGCAGCUGUCUGAGGAGAAGUAUGAGUGCAUGGUUUGUUGUGAUGUCAUCCGGUGCAUGGCCCCGGUGUGGAGCUGCCUGAGCUGCUUCCACGUCUUCCACCUGAACUGCAUCAAGAAGUGGGCUCGAUCCCCGGCCUCUCAGGCGGACGAAUCAACUGAAGGUUGGCGUUGUCCGGCCUGCCAGAAUGUUACACAGAAACAGCAGAUAUCCUACACCUGCUUCUGUGGUAAAGUGACAAACCCCGAGUGGCAGCGCAGUGAGAUUCCCCACAGCUGUGGUGACAUGUGUGGGAAGAAAAGGAGCGGUGUGGACUGCAACCACCCCUGUAACAUCUUAUGUCACCCUGGACCUUGUCCACAAUGUCCUGCCUUUAUAACAAAAUCCUGUAUAUGCGGGAAGACCAGUCAACCAAUGCGCUGUGGGCAGGGUACAGUGCUCCAGUGUGACAAGGUGUGUGGUGCCUUACUCAACUGUGCUCAACACACCUGCACCCAGGUGUGCCACAGUGGGGCAUGUCAACCCUGCCAGCUGCAAGUUCAGCAGGUAUGCUACUGUGACGUUACUACUCGUAAAGUCUUGUGUGGCACAGAUAAAGAAGGAUUCAAUGGCUCAGGACAUUUCUCAUGUCAAAAAUUAUGUGGGAAGAUGCUAAACUGCAAAGCUCACCGAUGCCAGCAGAAGUGCCACCGCGAUCCGUGCCAGCCAUGCCCACGCUCCCCGAGCUUGGUGAAAACGUGUCCCUGCAGUCAGACGCCACUGACCAAACUCCUGGAACUGGGCUACCCUGAGCGACGGAGCUGCUCUGAUGCCGUCCCCUCCUGUGGAAAGACAUGCAACCAACCUCUGGCUUGUGGCUCCAGCGACACCAUCCAUCUGUGUAAGAAGUUGUGCCACGAGGACAGCUGCGGGCCCUGCUCCCUGAGCUCGACUAUCAGAUGCAGAUGUGGCUCCAAGACCAAGGAGGUGCCAUGUGCAACGAUCCAAAAAGAAGAAGAGCUUGUCUUCACUUGUGAGAAGCGCUGCAACAAGAAGCGCUCCUGUGGCCGACACAAGUGCGGCGAGCUUUGUUGUGUGAAUGUGGAGCACAAGUGCCACCUGAUCUGCGGCUACAAGCUCAACUGUGGCCUCCAUCGCUGCCAGGAGCCUUGUCACCGUGGAAACUGUGAGCCCUGCUGGCAGUCCAGUUUUGAUGAGCUGGCGUGUGACUGCGGACUCACUGUCUUGUACCCGCCCAUCCCCUGUGGCACAAAGCCACCAGAGUGCAAAAACAUGUGUACAAGAAGACACGAGUGUGACCACCCAGUGUUCCACAACUGCCACAGUGAAGAGAAGUGUCCACCUUGCACAUACCUCACUAAGAAAUGGUGCAUGGGAAAACACGAGCAACGCAGCAACAUCCCAUGUCAUCUGCAAGACAUCUCAUGUGGCCUGACAUGUAAUAAGCUUCUGCCCUGUGAAAUGCACCGCUGCAGACGCAUCUGCCACCGGGGCAAGUGUUUGACAGGAGGCAGCUGCCAGCAGCCCUGCGCGCUGCCUCGUCCAGACUGUGGCCACCCGUGCUCCUCUCCCUGUCAUAAAGGCAGCAGCUGCCCACGGACCACCUGCACUGCCAAGGUCGCUCUACAGUGUGAUUGUGGUCGAAGAAAGGAAAUGGUGGCCUGCACAGAGGCAGCGUCUUCAUAUCAGAGGUAUGCAGCCAUCGCCAUGGCCAGUAAACUGUCUGACAUGCAGCUCGGUGACUCCAUGGACAUUGGCCCAUUCCUCACUAAGAAGGAGCUGAAACAGACCAGGCUUGAUUGUGAUCAAGAGUGUGCUACUUUGGAGAGAAACCGGCGUUUGGCUGAGGCGUUGCAGAUAGACUCGUCUUCUGACCCCUUCAACGCCCGCUCUACUUCUGUAUACAGCGACAGCCUCAAAGAGGAUGCUAGAAAAGACCUGAAAUUUGUCACAGAGGUUGAAGAGGAGAUCAAGAAUCUUGUUGAGCUUGCUAAUAAGGGAAAACAGCCAAAGAGGAGCCACUGUUUCCCACCCAUGAACAGAGAACACCGGAAGAUCAUCCACGAGCUGGCCGAAGUCUAUACCGUGGAGAGCGUGAGCUACGACAGCGAGCCCAAACGCAACGUGGUCAUCACAGCCCAAAAGGGAAAGUCCGCCUGUCCAAACUCAACCCUGACAGCACUGAUCGAGAGAGAGAUGGCUGUGAGAGCCCCUCCUCCCAUCGCUCAUAUCAAACACAACAGCAGCAAGGCUGUGAGUGGAGGCACCUGGUCGAAGAUGGUUAAGGAAGAGCCUGUGAUAGAUUAUUUUGAUGUCCAGGACUAAAAUGAGGCCACAACAAACCUCAGGAUCUACUAGGAAACAUCAGUCUACAUCUGCAAAAAAGUCUAAAUAACAUUUCUUUUGUGUUCAUCAAAGAUCAGUAAGAAUUUCUGCGGCUUCAUAAUCAAAUAAAAAUUGUGUAGGGAAAGCCCCCACUUGUUAUAUCUAGGAGGAGGAAUUGAAUGAGUGCUGAGUCAAGUGUUUUCCCUGAGUUUAGAUGUUAAAGUUGAUUAAGCACUGAGCACUGAUCAUUUUGAAAGCUCCUAAGUGUAUUCUUUGCUUCCUUUCUAUGCAGCCAGUCCCUCGUUGAACCCAACUUAAUAAAAACGGAAUUCUUCCUCAUUUCAA